AUGGGCAAUUCAACUUCUAAAGCGGUGAGAAGACUCCCAAAAACUCAAUCAAAACAAGUACCGAAGGCAACUGAAUCUUUAGAUAGAUUGAAGAAUCCUAGCACUUCACAUGAUGAGCCACACACAAAACCAAAUGCAGCCAUGAAAGAUGGCCAAGAUCCAGAUUUUAUGAAUAAUUUGUCAAAAAUUGAUCCAGUUAAGAUUGAGAAAGCUCAAACAAAUUUUAGACCUUCAGAUAAGAUGAUCAACAUUUUGAGAGGCAGGAAGGUGGAGAGCGAGGUGGAUAACGCAGCAAUGGCGUAUAAUAGGCUAUCUCCUCAGUCUUUGUUGGUUUACUUGGAGGAGCGUAAGAAUGGCGGUGAUGUUGGGCAGCUUAAUAGAUCAUUCAACGUUAACGACAGUGACGCUGAAAUCAUUGAGAAAUACACAGCAGCACCAACAACAGGCACUCCGUUUACAGUCAAAGUCGAUGAAAAUUCUGGUGAAAUCCAAAGAGUCAUCGUAUCUUUGUAA